UUUUUCUCCUGCGCAAACGGAGGACCAUUUCCACCUCACGCCUGGCGCAACUACCUUUCCCCAGCGUUGAACAUCAGUUUAAAGUCAUACUUCUGUUACACGCGAGCUUGCAGCGCCCAUAACGCCACAACGGCUACGCGCAAUAACCGCUUAUUGUUACAACCGGGCUGAAGAACCUCCGCUCUCCUCCGCGGAAAGUGGCAACAACAACUUUCUCACCACUCUUCUCCACCCAACACCAACACCGCUAGACCUCUACGCGAAUCAUCCCACCACAAUGUCCGAACCAGGCCCAGAGUCCGUUCCCACGAGCGCUGACCCGCGCAGCAAACGCCCCGUCAAGCGUCGCGCGAUCACGCCUCACCUCGAGCAAGCCACACAAAUCAGCUCCCUCUUCCGCGACCCCGCCAAAGACAUCCGUCUUCCCGGUCCAUCCAGGGAACGGACCGCGGGGUCGAUGCCCGCCCCGCCGGAGAUUGUCGCGAACGUGCAGGGGUCCUCGGCCGGUGCGGGAUCCGGCGAGUUCCACGUUUACAAAGCGAGUCGCAGGAGGGAGUACGAGCGGCUGCGGUUAAUGCAGGGAGAGGUCGACAGGGAGAAGGGGGAUGAGGAGUGGGAGAGGAAGCAGGAGGAGAUUAGGAGGAAGGAUGAGGAGAAGACGGAGAAGAAUCGGAAGAGGAGGGGGAAGAAGAAUGCGGCGCGGAAGAAUAAGAAGGGGCCUGAUGGGGGUAUGGCUGAGCAAUCGGCUAAUGGGGCGUCGGGCCAUGCGCUUGGUGGGAGUAUGGAUGGGGUUCAGAAUACGGGCUCUGAUGAGGUGGAUCGUUCCGUUGAAACACCUGGUGUUAUCAUUCAUGAUGAUUGAGACCUCCUUUCCCCUUCCGAAGAGCUUCCACAGGCAAUAUAUCGCCAGGUCUGGUCGCGAAGUGUGUAAUAUGAAGAUACCCAUGUGAAUUCUUUUAUAGUCUAGAAUACUCAUACAGAACCAAAGAGUAAUCGUUCA